AUGGCAGCCUCCCAAAGCCCUCCCCACACCUUCAAAGUCGCCCAGUUCAACACCCCCACUUGGUGCGGGCACUGCACAAAGCUUCUCAAGGGUCUCUACCAUCAAGGACACACUUGCACAGCAUGCGGCAUGCAUGCACAUGCUGAAUGCGUAGAUGCCAUUGCCUCUCUCUGCCUGCCGGCGGCUGUGAAGGUUGUUGCAGGCGCCGAUGCUUGCGGACAGGAGACUGACAGCGAUGCCGAUCACGACCUCGAUCUCGCACCCGACGCAGGAAUCGAUGUCGCAGCUGCUGGCCACGUCUUUGAUGCCCAUCACUUCUCAUCGCCGGCAUAUUGCCGUAUCUGCCGAAAGAUGCUGUACGGAGUUGGCAAGCAAGGCCUACGGUGCCUCACAUGCGCCAUGGUUGUCCACGCCAAGUGUGCGAAACGGGCCACUCCUGCUGUCUGGAGCGUGGCCCCUUGCAAGAGCGAGGUCCAGCCUGCUGAUGGCGCCCAUCAGUGGAUCGAGGGCAACGUGCCAGGCUAUGCCGAUGCCGCAGGCUGCAUCGUCUGCCUCAAGUCGACCAAGUCGGCCAAAUCAUUGACCGGCUUUCACUGCGUGUGGUGCGAUGCUGCGCUCCACUCGGCGUGUAUGGCCAAGAUGCCGCUGGCCAAGGCGCUAACUUGCAGUCGCGGCCCGCUUGCCGCGCUGCUUCCAGGCGGUGAUAUGCCGCUGCUUGUCCUGGUCAACACUCGAAGCGGCGGCCAGCAAGGCCGGUCCCUGCUGGGAGGACUCUGCGGUGCCCUCCAGCCGACCCAAGUGUGUGACAUGGCCGUCGAUGGUGGUCCGCGUGCCCACAUCGCCCGCUUUGCUGUCGCCUGCGACUCGACACCCUUCCGCAUUCUCGGUGCUGGCGGCGACGGAACCAUUGGCUGGAUCCUUGCCGUCCUCGACGACAUGAUCGAGAUGGGCGAUCUGCCGACGACCCGCCCGCCAGUCGCCAUCCUCCCACUCGGGACCGGCAACGACCUCGCGCGGGCCACCGGUUGGGGCCCUGGCUAUGCCGGCAAGCCGCUCCGUCCGAUCCUCGACAGCGUGCUCACCGCCAAAAACGCCAGCCUCGAUCGCUGGAACGUGGUGGUCUCGCUCAUGGACAACAACUUUGAAGUCGAUGGCCCACCGCUCACUGUCAUCAACAACUACUUUUCCAUCGGUGUCGACGCCCGUGUUGCCCUCGCCUUUCACACCGCGCGCGAGGCUAACCCAGGCGCCUUUACCUCGCGAACCGGCAACAAGAUCCGCUACGCCAAGGAGGGCACCAAGGCCGCCAUCUCAGCCUCGCCGGAGCUCUCCACCUCGAUCGCGCUGUGGGCGGACGGCGAGCGGGUCACGCUCCCGCAUGCUCAGGCCAUCAUCAUCGUCAACAUCCCGUCGUACGGCGGCGGCAUCAAUCUCUGGCGCGACAAGGUCCGCCCAUCGUCGUUUUCUGAUGGCAAGCUCGAAGUGCUCGCCGUCACAUCGUCGGCACACCUCGGCCGCAUCCAGGCCGGCGUUGGGUCGGCAACCAAGCUGGCCCAAGCCUCGUCGCUCGAGAUCCGCUGGCUCGACGACACCGCUCACCCGGUCCAGAUCGACGGCGAGCCGUGGCUCCAGCAACCGGCUAUCAUCCACAUUACCCACCGCAACCAAGCGCCAAUUCUUAUUCCUGCCGACCCCGAUGCUGACGCCGCUCGCGCAAGCAGCAGCGACGGCCCAGCCGCCAGCAGCGGAUGA